AGAGAAAGCUGGACUGGAACAGAAACCCGAAUCCUUUCAGGGUUUGGUUUGCUUUGCCGUGAAAGGAAAGUAGAGAAAACGAAACCAUACGUAUGUUUCGCUCAAAAUAUAAUAAACUAAAAGUAUAAAGGAGACUAAUCAAACACUUACAGACGGUAAUAAAUAAAGGGAGAAAGUUGUUAAUUAGUUAUUGUGAUAAUAAGAAAGUGAAAAUCAAACUUUAUUGCUCGAUUUUAGAGAAUACAUAAAAGUGCAGACAGACAGACAGACGUAAACUUAAACGUUUUGGCAAGAUAAAAAAUUCGUAAUAAAAAUUCGAACGGAUUUUUAACCAGGACAGAAAUUUCGGAAAUAUUCUGCUAAAUUUAUAACCAGCAAAAUAUAAUAAAUUUCUUUAAAUAUUAUACAACGAUUUAUAAAAAAAACUUAUAAUCCAAAUUUCGAACUGAUUUUUAGCCAGGAAAAAUACAACAAAUUUCGGAAAUAUUUAACUGGAAACAAAUCUAAUAAAUUCGUAAAUAUUAUUGCAAUCUCGAUUGACAAAUUAUACACACACGGAAAACACUUGCUCAUACAUAAACAGCGAGUGGUGACCGUGACGUGGUUGGUAGAUUGUGGUUUUCUCGUCACUUUGGCAAUCUAUCUAACCAAGCCACGACAUGUACAAACGUAUGUAAAGAGAGACGGACGGAUAGAUAGCUGGAUGGUCGUCGCAGUGGUCGUGGUGGUGUUAUAAAUAAGUAGCAGCUUUCCGUUAAGUGGGGUAAAUCAGAAUUGUUCCAUCUGGUCCAGAAUUUUGCCAGCUUAGCCAAGCCACACACAGAGAUACGUACGUACGUCGUCACCAUAUCAUCGUCAACGAAGGAUCAGUCAGGAUUUGAUUGUCACAAGUAAAACAGAAAAUUUCCCAUUUUUCGAAAGGAAUAAAAGAGUUCGACAAAAGAUAAAGUUUGGAACUGGAGUAAAACCAAGACAAAAAAAUAUCAAUUUUUUCCAUAGAAUAAAAGAGAGUUCGUAAAGUUUGGAACUGGAGUAAAAUAUAUAAAAAAUUGACAUUUUGCCUACAAAAUAAGAGUUUGAUAACGAAGUAAAGUACGUUUGGAACUGGAGUAAAAUUGUAAAAAUUACCGUUCUUUUUUUCGACAAAAUAAAAAAGUUCCAACAAAAAACGAGGCAAAGUUUGGAACUGGGUGAAUUUGCAGUGAAAAAAGUGAAGUGAUCGGUAUACACUCAUAAAUUACUUGACGACGAGGAGGAAGGAGGAGGGCUAGUCUCGAGAGAGAUGGCAGGAGGGGGUCAGAACUGGAGUGGGGGUGGCGGCGGCGGCGGCGGCGGUGGCGGGAAGGAUGCCGCCGAUCAAAACUUUGACUACAUGUUUAAACUACUGAUAAUCGGGAACAGCUCGGUCGGAAAAACUUCCUUCCUCUUCCGAUAUGCGGACGAUUCGUUCACGUCUGCAUUCGUCUCCACGGUGGGGAUCGACUUUAAGGUGAAAACUGUGUUUCGCCAAGACAAACGAGUCAAACUGCAGAUUUGGGACACAGCUGGGCAAGAGAGGUAUCGGACUAUCACCACUGCCUACUACCGCGGAGCGAUGGGAUUCAUUCUCAUGUACGAUAUCACCAACGAAGAAUCCUUCAACAGUGUUCAAGACUGGGUAACACAAAUUAAGACGUAUUCCUGGGACAAUGCGCAGGUCAUUUUGGUCGGGAAUAAAUGUGACAUGGAGGACGAGAGAAUAAUUUCGUACGAGCGUGGGAAGCAGUUGGCAGACCAAUUAGGGGUUGAAUUUUUCGAAACCUCGGCCAAGGAGAAUAUCAACGUGAAAGCGGUCUUUGAACGUUUGGUGGACAUAAUUUGCGACAAAAUGUCCGAAUCGCUCGACUCUGAUCCAAACCUUGCCAAUUCCGCGAAGGGACAACGACUAACGGACGCCGGCCCAGGAAAUCCUGCCAACGGCUCCUGUCAAUGCUAAUAGAUUUAUGACGUUAAAAUAUGAAUGACAAAAUUGUGUGGUGAUUUUUUUUUUGGUGGUUCGAAUUUUUGGCGUUUUUUGACGUAUUUUUGGGGGUUUUUGUUCUCGUCAAUUUUGCGACAUUUGUGUUAUCUCACUUUUUUUGCUAUCGUAUAGAUACAAUUAUGAAAAAGUGUAACACGUGCACGUGUAAUAUUUUAAUUUUGAGCGUAAUAUUUUUCGGAAGUAUUUUUGGACUUUUUUUCAAAAUUAUUUUUUGUCGUAUUUUUUGAUUUUUGUCCAUAAUUCAGUUUUUUUGUGGUUUUGAGAAACUGCAAAAAAAUGAGAUAACGCCUAUUCAUUUGUUCCUUUCAGUAGCAGUUUGGUAAAAUUUGAUGUUUUAAAAGAUAUUUCAAAAUUCAAAAUUUUCGUCAAAAUUUGUUAACCAAUCAAAAACCAUAAAAAAUUUUAAUGUUUUGUUUUUAUAUUUUGUUUUUUAACGAGAUAAUUUAUUAAUUAUUACGUGAUUAAAGAAGGAAAGAUAGCCACACAUUUUACACCACUUCUUCUCCUUCACCCUGAUUAAAAUGACCCCCGAUUAAAAAUUCGUAUACCCCCCAAGAAAAGGCAACACUGUGUAGACAACUGAUAUUCAAUAUCUUCUACCGUAAAACUUGUACUUACGACUUGUACUUAUACUUACUACUCAAAAUUCAACUAAUUAAUUGUAAUUAACUAGAUUGAUUAAUUAAUUAAGUGAUAAGAAAAAUUGCGACAAAACACAACCACCUAUUCUGUGACGGUCAUGAUACACAUUUGACUUCAAAAUAAUUCAGAAAAAUUGGGUCAUUUAUUAAUAUAGAUUAAAAAUUAUGAUUAAAAAAUAUACAAUGAACAAUCCUUCCUAAAAUUAUGGAUUCAAAAAGUUAGCAGAUAUCCAAAAUUGAUUUUUUAUUAUCUUUACAACAAUUUUUUAUUUACACCAAAAUAUAUCCAAUUAAUACCAUACCAUAUUUUCGAAACGCUUCCAAAAAAAUGAAAACUUGUUAAAUCAACAAUUCUGAGAUUACUCUCGAUUACACACUUUUUUCUUGUAUUUUCUUAUUUGAAAUGUUAUAUUCUACUAGAAACUAUGCAUCAUCAAACUUGUAUUUGGGUAGAUGGAAGAGCCAUUAAACAGAUGUAAUUGUACCAAUCAACUUGUAAUUAGGGUAAGUAAAUUAAUAUGCAAAUAUUCAGUAAUUAAAUAGUGUAUAAAAGGAUAUGUAAUAUACGACAGAGAAGAAAAAAGUAUGUAGAGGAAAAUUUCCCGUUUUGAAGAAAAAUCAAAAAACUCGGCGUUACAGGACAAUGAUCAUGUACUUACCGUGUAGAUACUUACUUACAUAGGUCAAUUUAGCUAGUAAUUUAGUCAUACCCUGUACAUUUUAAUGUAGACAGAAAGAGUGUAAAAAAGGGUGCGUGGAAAGCAUCAUAAUUCAAAUUAUGAUGUAAAUUUUGGUGAUUUUUCGAAACGUUGAAGGAAUAGGAAAUCAAAUUUUUGUGCGAUGGCGGCGACGCGUCUUGAUUCACACUCUUAGAAAUGGGGUUACGAUUAUAACCAAAAAGUAAACGUAUGUGACUCUACCGCCGUGGUUAUGAAUUUGUCAUCCAGUGGUUACAAUUGUUACCAACCAAUUAUAAUUGGAUUAAAUUGUCUCCAGAGCUAAUAAAUGUAUAACCAGCUGGUUGCAAAUUCAUAACCACGGCGGUAGAAUCAUAUACGUUUACAUUUUGGUAGUAAUCAUACCCAAUUUCUAAGAGUGCACAUUUAGCAAAACUUGUAUGAUCCCAGCACCAAAUUAAAAUUAUGUGAAGAAUGCACACACACACACAUUUUUAGUAUGGAAGAAAGUAGUAAAAUAUUGGGUGAAAUUAAAAAAAGAUUGUAGAAAAAUAGCAAGGUUUUUAGGAAGGAAGCGUGGGUACCAAUUUUUGGUGCGAAAAUUAGCACGUGGACGGCGCAAAGAAUUUCUGAUUAGAAGAAAAAAAACACUGAAUCUUACAAAAACUGUACUCAAUUUUUCGUUUUUGUUUAUUCUUAUUUUUUGACGAAUUAUCUAUGUAAAUAUGUACACCAUGAGAAUGUGUAAUUAAAAUUGUGCGUGUGGUGGUGGUGACACUAAUGACACUAAUUAAUUAAAAUUAUAGUUCUAUUAAGAGAAUAGGUGCAUGAAAUCUGUAAAUGCAUAAACUUCUCUCGUCAUGAUAAUUAUGUAAUUGUGGAUUAAUUAAUGUAUGUUAAUUAACUAAUUACAUUUUACGGAAUAAAAUAAAUCUAUUUAAAAAAUGAA